AUGAAGCUGUAUCAGACCCUGCCUGUACUGUGCCUGGUCGCGGCUGUCGCCCGGGGUUCGCUCUGUCCUGAGUACUGUGACUGUUAUCCUGGGGAGAACAACACCAGCACCAUCGUCACAUGCCGCGGGGGGAACAUCACCAGAGUCCCCACCGACUUCCCAGCUAACACAACGUACCUGGACAUAGAAUUCACGAACAUCACAAAGUUGCAAGAAGGUGAUUUCCGUCGUCUGCCUGUGCUGACGUCCCUACGCAUAUUUUGGAACGUGCAACUGACGAAGUUGGACGUGGAGACGUUUUCUGUUGUGCCCACCCUCACCGACCUCAGUAUCUCCAACUGCUCUUUCUCCAAGUUCCCUUCUGGCAUGCUGAAGGGGCUGGAACACCUCCAGACGUUUGACGGUGGGCACAACCUCCUAGAAAUGGUUCGGUCUGGACUGUUCAGUCAUCAUCCUACUCUCGAAAUGAUCAACAUUUGGCAGAACAACAUUUCUCACCUCGAGCCUGGAGCUUUCGCGGGCAUGCCCCGUUUGAAAAGCAUACUGCUAAUGAACAACAUGCUCACCUCUGUUUCUGAAACAGCGUUUUCUGGUUCCCCCAAUAUCCAGUCAUUGACUUUCAGCUUCAAUACCAUCAGCAGGAUAGACAAAGAUGCAUUUGUAGGGUUGAAUCGACUUCAGUCUGUGGAUCUGCAGCAAAAUAUGCUCACCAAUAUUGACGGCGUAUUCGGGGAGUUGCCCGAUUUGAAGGCGCUCACGCUCACCAACAACGUUAACCUUCUGGACUCUAUCCACAACGCAACAUUCGGCAGUCUCCCGUCCCUUGCAAACCUGUUCCUUGACAAGAAUAAAAUCUCUGUGGUGGAGAAGGGAGUCCUUAGUCACCUGAAAAGUCUCCAACAGCUAAAUCUCGGCUACAACGAGAUUGUAGACAUCUCGCUCACAGGACUUACCUCUCUGACAGAACUUUACGUUCAGGACAACCGUCUCAGCAGUUUUCCCUCCAACAUGGCAGACGCAGCCCAACUACAGGUACUGGAACUGGAGAACAACCCUGUUGAAGAACCCCUGCAUGCCGGACAGUUCUCUGAUCUUACCAGGUUGCGUCGACUUACCCUGGACAACGUCACGAGUCUACAGUCAGCCGGGACACUGGACCCUCGGGCGUUUUGCGGAUUGGACCACCUGUACCUUCUCUCUCUCAGAUACAACCAACUGGUCAGUCUGUCCCCAGAUACCUUCACGUGCGUUCCGCAGUUGACGCACUUGUACCUCGAUCAUAAUAACAUCACGGAACUAAAGCUUGGAACUUUCAAAGCUUUAACCAAGCUGACUGACUUGUAUCUGUCGUACAACCAGUUGAGCCGUAUCUCGCCUGGUACUUUUGAUGGCCUGGUGAAACUUUUCUUUCUGGCACUUGGAGGAAACAACUUCACCAACAUCUUACACGUGGCUCCGGCGCUAGCGGGCUUACCUUGCCUGGAUAUACCUGCCCUGGACGACAACGCUUUGGUGUACGUUGGACCAAACUCUUUUCCUGACAACAUGGCAAUAGAUCUUCUGAAUCUGUCAGGCAACAAGAUUCGCAUCAUAGAGGAAGGCGCUUUCACCGCGCGAGCUUUCCCAAACAUGACCAGAGUGUGGUUGGACGAAGGCAAUCCGCUGCAUUUCCUGCCAGAGAAGAUUGUAGACGGGCUUCCGAAGUUUCUAACUUUGACCGUGGGCGACGAUCCGUUCAACUGCGACUGUCAACUGAAAGGCUUCGCCACAUGGCUUCGCAACCAGGUCAACCCACCUAACGCUUACCUGGUCUGCAGUAGCCCGGCCCACUUGAAGGGAAAGUAUCUCAAAGACGUCGCCUUGGAAGACAUGACCUGUAACUGCGAUCACGAAGAGGCUCCGUCCAUUGACACAAGCGGUAGCGACAACUACACCGACGAAGGGCAGGCAGCCAUCUUGAACUGUAACAUCUCAGGCUGUCCCGAAGCCGAGUUUUUCUGGACCACGCCCACGGGAGCGAUGCUGGCGGUAGGGUCAGGGUUUCCCAGGUUGGAGGUUCAGGCAAACGGCUCGCUGGUGUUGGACGAUGCCAGACCGGAGGACACAGGAGCGUACUCUUGUACUGCCGUUAACUACCGUGGGAAGGACAGCAAGGAGGUAUUUCUCAGAGUGGGUGGUGGAUAGUAGAAGAUAGUGUUUAUUGGUUUAUUUGUA